UAGUUUGGAAAGCCAUCAAUAGAUGGCGCUACGAGUUAAAAUUUAACAUUGUAAUCUUAUUUCUGCAAAAAUUCACGAAGUAAUUGAUUUUGAUAUCAGUUAUAAAUCAUAUUUUUUUCUAAAUAAUAUUUAGAAGCGUUUCAUAUAUUCCUUUAUACACAGUUUUCACUAAACAUUGUCAGCUGUCAGCAGAAUGACGUUUACGGCAACCCUAUUGCAUUGCUAUUCCGCACUCGUUUUGUUUACAUUUAUUUGUACUGUGGUCAGUUUGCAAAAAAUAUGCGAAAAUAUCAAGGACGACCGAAAAAACAUCCUGGUUUUAAUAAAAGAUCCAGAAUUCAGCGUAAACGUCGAGCUCAAGAAAAAAAUAUGAAAUUAAAUUCCCGAGAUGUGGAAGAUUCCGAACAAGCGGAUGUUUUCGAAAGGUCAGAAAUUAUUGAUACAACUGCAUCUGUGUCAAAGGAGAAUCAUUGCCCGGAUGAUUUUUUUACAAAGUCCGGAAGUGAAAAAUUUGACUUUUCUACGCCAGAAGUUACAGCUAAUGUUCCUAAGACAAACCAGGCUUUCCUGAGUUCUGAUCUGGACAUUUCAGUUAUUGACUCUGACGUAGAAGGUAGAAAUACAAGCUCUCUUUUGGGGUGAAAAUUUUGUGCAUGAUUUGGCUUUCAUUGAGACGUCUCUGGGUCAGGAGUUACUAAGGAAGAGAAACUUACAUGCAGGUUGAAGCAUGCAGUGUCAAAUGUAUAAGGAAUAUAAAAGAUGCUGUAUAUUAGUAUAAGU